AUGGCUGACUCGGAUCUAUAUCCUCUUGGAAGAGGACUGUCGGAUUCAGUCCGAUUGGAUGCCCAGCAUCUGCUAUGGAAGCUUCACACUGGAUAUACACUUCACCCCCACAUUCCUAUCACCCCAGACAUGAAGAUAGCGGAAGUUGGUACUGGCAAUGGGAUCUGGCUCUUUGACUUAGCCCCGUCGAUGCCACCUUUUGUGCAACUGCAUGGCUUCGAUAUCUCGGAGGCUCAAUAUCCUCCGAAGCAUAUGUGGCCACGGAACGUCAAACUAGAGCUGUUGGACGCCUUCAAGAAUGUCCCUCCCACACUUGUCGGUCAAUAUGAUGUUGUCCAUGUCCGGAUGUGGGCGAGUAAUAUACGAGAUGGCAACACCCGGCCGCUAAUUUCCCAUUUGCAACAGUUGCUGAGGCCAGGAGGCUAUAUCCAGUGGGAGGAGGCCGACCUCAUUCAUCAAUCUGUGCAAGGGCGCAAGGCCCUUGAGCUUGCACAACGGAUACCAAGUUUAUUUCAGAAGGUCGGGUUGGACUACAGUACAGAAUCAUUCAAAGACUUCCUUGUUCAGAAAUGCACGGACACAUAUCUUCUUGCCCUCGGUGAGAUAUUGCGCGGUACCAAGCUGACAUGCGCAGAAGAGAUUGUACCUCUGGUGACCAAGCUUGAGGCGGAACUGCAGAGUCUUUGUGAUGAACGCAAGGAAACUGUAUACAACUGGUCUCCUGUCAAGAUACUGGCACAAAAAACUGCAUAA